AUGUACAUUUGGGAAAAACCAGUAAGGAUAGAAAUUACAGAAAUAUAUAUGGAAAAACGAAAAAUGAGAAAUUUUAUUCAAUCCGUCAGAUAAGAAGCUGUUACCGUUGUAAUGUUAAAAGGAGCGAGUAUGUUUCUCCAUACCACUAGUGAAAGCAGCCCACUCUUAUCAUGUGGUACUUAAAUGUAUGAAAUCUUUGUAAAAGAUUUCUAUGUGCUCCUUGUUGAUGUAGCACCCACGCAAUUCAUAUAUGUACAUGAGUAAAACUAAACAAGUGCAAUAUCAAUUUUUGAAAGUAUUCUGGUAAUUAGAGAGCAAAAGAUUGCAUAUAAUCCAAUGUUUAAAAGUCACACAAAAGCUGGAAUAUCAGCAAAAGGCGCUAAGGCUGCAGCGACCUUUAAAGAAGUAAAAAGCAAUAAUAGAAAGGAAAAUACGAUAAUUACAACUGGCACCACAUUCAAUAGCAGUGGCGACAGUACCAGUCGGAGUAGCAGUCGCUUCAUUAUUAACAAAGGCAGCAGUAUUGUGAGUGAAAAGUAUUCGUUCAAGUCAAAAAUCAAGCGCGAGCCAUUGUUUCUACUCAUCAUAAUGCGUUUGAACAUAAAGAAUUUUCUAUUCGCGCUCAUUGCAUUUGUUGUAUUUACCGGUGCAGUCUUAUAUUAUUUCUUUCCGGACUUUUUAUUUCCACAUAAUUUGGUACAAAGUUGGGAUCGUCGGUUAAGUGUUAACAACGGUUAUAAUCCAAACAUUAUUGGCGAUGGCUCACGUUCGCUUUCCGCGCCAUUGCAGAAUAUUGAAUGCUGGAUAAAUCAAGAGUAUUCGAUACCUUGUAAACACAGCACGGAAAACAACGAAGUAUAUGUACCAUUUUCCUUUUUGCGCAGUUAUUUUGAUGUAAGUGGUGUAAUGCUAGCUACCACAACUAGCAGCGUUAAUGACAACAUCAAUAACGCGGAUGAUAAUGCGUUACCACGGUUUGCGUGGUCGCAUAGUAAUGCUAAAGUAAAUGUACCCAAAGGAAAGUAUGAUACACGCGGACGCUUUGCAUAUUUCGAAAACUAUAAUGUAGAGGUGCGAGAACGCGUAAAGUGCAUUAGUGCUGCGGAGGGUGUACCUAUUAGUACGCAAUGGGAGAAAAGUGGUUACUUCUAUCCUACACAAAUAGCGCAAUUCGCCUUGGCACAUUAUAGUAAAAAUAUAGCUGAUCCACCACCAAAAAUUAAGGUGCUCGAAGAUGCUGACACUAAUAAGGCUACUUGGCUCACUCCAAAGUCUAGUAAUAUAUCACGCAUUUGGCAUCCGAAGUUUAAUUCAACCGUCAUUCAAUACGAAACUGCUAUCGGUUAUGACAGCGCUGUACGUAUGGAAGUGAAUCAAACACUUGAGCUGGUGCUAAGUGUUGAUCUUCUUUUGGUCACUAACAGUAGUAGUCUUAUGGUAGUGUUGCAGAGCCGUGAUAGUCUACAAACGUAUACACUCCAUUAUAUACCCGCCAAUUUGCGACUGAGUACUCAAGAGCAUAAUAUAUACUACGGCAUGGGUACCAGUGCGGUGAACAGAUGGCGCCAUAUAACGCGGGAUCUUUAUAUUGACGUGCAAAAAGGUUUAAUGAGUGGUAGUGAUAAGAAAUCACAAUCCAGAAUACGUCGCAAUGAGUUGCAUGUUUCGUCGGUAGCCUUUCUAGGCGUGGGCUUCUUCGACAACAUAACUUUAUCAACAUACGAUCAUAUGGCGCAUUUUUAUGAUGCCGCCGAAUGGUUUAUACAUCAUCAGGACACAAAAACUGGUGGCUGGCCAAAUCCAGUGAAGCGAAACCUAAAUGGUUUUACUGAGCUUAAAGCUGGAUGGCUCUCUGCCAUGGGUCAAGGACAUGCAAUAUCCGUAUUGGCGAGAGCAUAUUAUCAUUCUGGCGGUGAUAAAAGGUAUUUGAAAGCAGCGGCUUUGGGCUUAAAACCAUUUAAAGUUAACUCCAGCGACGGUGGGGUAUUGGCACAGUUUAUGGAUAAGUAUUAUUGGUAUGAGGAAUAUCCAACAACACCAGCCUCUUUCGUACUUAAUGGUUUCAUAUAUUCCUUGUUGGGUUUAUAUGAUUUAAAUUCAACAGCGCCUUUGAGUAUUGCUCGAGAAGCCGGUAAAUUAUUUCAUCAAGGUAUGUUUUCUUUGAAGAAAAUGUUGCUGCUUUAUGACACUGGCUCGGGCACAAGCUAUGAUUUGCGUCAUCUAAGCUUAGGGACGGCACCAAAUUUAGCGCGUGACGAUUAUCACGCGACACAUGUGAGUCAAUUACUAUUGCUAUCUACAAUAGAUAGUGAUCCAUUGUUAAUGGAAACAGCAGAGCGUUGGAAAGGCUAUAUGUUUGGUAAACGUGCUAAGCACAAUUGAGGGCGUGGUAGGCGUGCGCGCCAUAAAAAAUUUCACUUACGAUCCAGUUGGAGCUACAGAAACUUCGAGUGAUAUUAACUUUAAUUUUUAUUUUCAAAAUGCAGCUUUCUUUUUUACUUAAUUUUAUAGUUACAUUUAUACACAAGAUCAUGCAAGUUUUUUUUAUUUAUAAUUUUAAGUCUUUGUCAAAAUGUAUUACUCAAUAUAGCAUAAUUAUUAAGUUAAACAAAAUAUGUAAUAAUUAAAAUUUUAAAAAUUAUUUUAAAGAAGCAUCCUUGCCAUUCUAUAUAAUUUAAAAUUCAAUUUUAAAGAAAGCUUAGAGAAAUAGGUAACUUAAAAAGUGUUGUAUAUUAUGCAUAUAUUUUGCCGUAUAGUAUUGCGAAUUAUUAUUAUUAACGUUUCACAACGUUUUUACGAACAAAGUCUUUAGGGAAAAGAAAAUAUGUUUUUAACUUUUAUAAUCGAUUCAAGAAAAUUUCAGAAAUCUAGAUUUAAGCAAACAUUUAUUUGUUUAAUUUUUAAAAUAUAAAAUAACUAAACAUUGUUAAACUGUUAAAUAUCGACUAAGUAGUGGGGAUGUAAAACUCGCAAUACAUCGGGCAGUAUCAAUGCAGUUAA